UUCAGUCUUCAAUAAUUAUUAUUGUGGUGAACACUAGUGAUUUCCAUCGUUUGCACCAUGCUGGAUCCAAACACAGUUUCAGCGAGAAUAACCCUUUUACUGAGAUAGCCAUGACCAGCUGCAAGUAUAACGGAGGGGUGGUCAGGCCCCUCAGUAGCCUCGGCACCUCAAACAGGAACCUUCAUGACCUGGACUCAGAGACUCAGCCUCUACAAACCAACUCGGGCCUGGAGGUGGUAGUCUCCAAACCAUAUCAGAACAAUAUCUCCAAUGACAGUCUGGUCAAUGAAGGCAGAAAAUCACCGAAAAAGUCGCAGAAUAUUGGCCAUAAACUUGGACAUAGGAGGGCUCUGUUUGAGAAAAGGAAACGCCUGAGUGAUUAUGCGCUGAUAUUUGGAAUGUUUGGGAUUGUUGUUAUGGUGACAGAGACAGAAUUGUCAUGGGGAGUUUAUACCAAGGCGUCACUAUAUUCCCUCGCACUCAAAUGCCUUAUCAGCCUCUCCACUGUAAUAUUACUGGGUCUCAUUAUUGUGUAUCAUGCUCGGGAGAUUCAGCUCUUCAUGGUUGACAAUGGAGCUGACGAUUGGAGAAUAGCCAUGACCUACGAAAGGAUAUUUUUCAUCUGCCUGGAGUUGCUUGUGUGUGCGAUUCACCCAAUCCCUGGGCAGUACAUCUUCACAUGGACCGCACGUCUCGCCUUCACUUAUACAACGUCAAUGGCCAAUGCAGACGUGGACAUUAUCCUCUCCAUCCCCAUGUUCCUCAGACUCUAUCUGAUUGCCAGGGUGAUGUUGCUCCACAGUAAACUAUUUACAGACGCCUCAUCUCGAAGCAUUGGAGCCCUCAACAAGAUAAACUUCAAUACUCGCUUUGUAAUGAAGACUCUCAUGACAAUUUGCCCAGGGACUGUGCUCCUGGUCUUUAGUAUCUCUUCGUGGAUUAUAGCUGCAUGGACUGUGCGUGUGUGCGAAAGAUACCAUGAUAAACAGGAAGUCACCAGCAACUUUUUGGGAGCAAUGUGGCUAAUCUCAAUCACGUUUCUGUCGAUUGGAUACGGGGAUAUGGUGCCUCAUACAUACUGCGGGAAGGGGGUCUGCCUGCUCACGGGGAUUAUGGGAGCUGGGUGCACGGCGCUUGUGGUGGCUGUGGUCGCACGAAAGCUAGAACUUACCAAAGCCGAGAAACACGUGCAUAACUUCAUGAUGGACACGCAGCUAACAAAGCGGGUAAAAAACACUGCUGCCAAUGUACUCAGGGAAACGUGGCUGAUUUACAAACACACCAAACUGGUAAAGAAGAUUGACCACGCCAAAGUCCGUAAACACCAACGGAAAUUUCUUCAAGCCAUUCAUCAAUUAAGAGGUGUUAAAAUGGAGCAGAGGAAGUUAAAUGACCAAGCAAAUACACUGGUGGACCUGGCCAAGACGCAGAACGUGAUGUACGACAUCCUGUCGGAGCUGCAGGAGAAGAAUGAAGACUUGGAGAAAAGGAUUGUGACGCUGGAGACCAAACUGGACUCACUAACUGUCAGCCUGCAGGCAUUGCCUGCGCUGAUCACCCAGGCAGUUGGCCAACAGCAGCGUGACCUCUUUGAGACUCACAUGCACAGGUUUAAACCGGUGAUUUACAGCUCGGAGAAGUCAUGGACGCCAAGCCGAAGGCGCCGCUCCCCAUCGACAGCACCACAUACAUCUUCUGACAGUAGCUAGGGGCCUUUCAGAAGUCGAUGAUCUGAUCUCACUUGGCCAUUGUAUGGCUUACAAUGUUAGCUUUUUUCUAUAAAGCCAUCUCUAAUUUAUAAGUUUGGUUUUAGGAUACCAGAGUGAAGCUGCAGGUUACCAUUAAUAUUUAAAAGGGUAAAGCAGCUCCCUAGGCUUUUGCCAAGGGGUUCGGGGCCAGUAUAUCUAGGUUGAAGCCAUCUCCCUCAAGCAUUGUCUUUUCCAACCCUCCCCUCCCACCCACCCACUAAUACAGUCAAGUUCUGGUGACCUGCAUUGAGUGUUGUACUCUGAGCAAGAUCACCCAGUCUGUAGCUCAGAAUAAUAUCUGAGAAUGCUCAACUAAACUACACGAUUCAAUAGAGAAAAGAUUAGAGAAGGAUCGUGGGAAGAUCCUGUUAUUCCCCAGGCUCUGGAAUACUUCUCACUUCCUGCUGAGGAAUCGAUUCUCCUUAUCGGGGUGAAUGCUGGUUAACAGGUAAUGGCCACACAGACAGUCUGUGAGCACGAUGCUGCCUCUGCAUCACCCGAAUAGCUUGUGCUCAAUUACUUCUGGUAGUUCCCGCUAUAGUCAGAGAGAAUCUUGGAAUGGCGCUCGUUUACUACAUGAUCAUGUCCAGGUUGUAGCCUGAGAUGAAGCAGCAGUGGGCACUGAAGUCUCCCUCAGCAGAGCCUUCAGCCAGAGGGUAAUGGUGAUCCAAAACUGCUCCCCCCAGUCAUGAAACAAUGACCAAGCUCUGCCUUGUGGAGGAUGAGGAACUACCAGGAUGGGGCUGUGAUGGUGUGACCCCCUGCAGCCUCUCCACAGGCUGGAUUUGCAACAACUUUCAUUGAUAUAAUGUCUUUAAUGUCGUGAGAUAUACCAAUUGCUUUACUGGAGAGAUCCAAAUGAAAGUUGACACCAAGCCACAUGAGGAUAGGUCACUAAAGGCUUGCUCAAAGGCAUAGGGUUUGCAGAGUCUCAGGACAGAGGAGAGAGAGCUGGAGAGGCUGGGGAGGGAAUAUUAGAGUUUAGGGAGCAUGCAGCUGAAAGCACAGCUGCUAACAGUGGAGUGCUGGAAAUCAGGAUGAUGUAGGAUGCCACAAUUUGAGGAGAGAAGAGACCUUGGAGGGUUGUGAGCUUCAGGAGAUUACGUAGAAAGGGAGUUAGGAUUAUAUGAAAAUAAGGAUGAGAAUUUAAACAUUGAGGUGUUAUUGAGCCAGCAGUGAAUGCAGAUCUGUAGAGGGGAUGGGUGAACAGGACUUGGUGUGAUGCAUGAAUAGUGACUUGGAGUAUUACCAACUGCCUGCCCACAACUGGCAUGUGCUGGGGGUGAAACUGGUCUUCAGUGACUGUGAAGUCACAGUCUAUUUGACACCAUGUCUGAUUCCCAGCUUUAAACUGUGUGCUAUUAUUGCAAACUGAUUUCAUCCCAGUUGACAAAUGAAAAGUAGGAAAUGAGAUUGGGCAUUAGGCACAGUUUGGAGUUCAGGUCGUUGGUGAUGUGUUUAUCUUGGACAAAGUCGAUUUUUAAAUAUUGCUGAAUUUUGCCAUUUGCCCCAUAAGGAUGGUGUAGUGACUCAUUGGUUAGCACUGCUGCCUCACUGCGCCAGGGACCUGGGUUCAAUUCCACCCUUGGGUGACUAUGUGAAGUUUGCACAUUCUCCAAGUGCAUGUGUGGGUUCUCACCCACAGUCAAAAGAUGGGCAGGUUAAGUGGAUUCACCACACUAAAUUGUCCAGAGUGCCCAGGGAUGUGCAGGUUAAAUGGAUUAGCCAUGAGAAAUGCAGAGUUACAGGUUUGGGUGGGAUGCUGCUCAAAGGGUCAGUGUGGACUCGAUGGACUAAAUGGCCAGUUUCCACACUGUAAGGAAUCUAUGGACCCACAACAUGUUAAUAAGACCAAAAAAUAGUAAGUAUGAUUUAGCGAUGCUGGUGUUGGACUGGGGUGGACAAAGUUAAAAAUCACACAACACCAGGUUAUAGUCUAACAGGUUUAUUUGGAAGCACUAGCUUUUGGAGUGACGCUCCUUCAUUAGGUGACUGUGGAGAAUGAGACCCACAUCCCAAGAAUGAAUGUUUCAUGUUGACAUCUUUAGGACGGCCAAAGGUCUGGUCCAGUCAGUGAUUGGGAAAACUAACAUAAUUUAAUGGAAGUCACCAGCUUGGGGGUGACCUACUGAGUGACUGAACUGUCCCAAAUGACAGGGGCUUUUGGGAGGAAUCAUUUUCAGAGAUUCUCUGGGAGAGCUCAAGGAGAAUAUUGCUUUUUAUAAAGUCAGUCACUUUUUAAAAGAAAACAUUUUAUUCAGGAAAAUCUAAAUUUAGCACAAGUGAAGAGGGUCAGAUGUAGGUCACUGGCUUCAUUCUGCCACAGGUAUCAAAUCAAUGUUCGAAAGAAAAACAGAAAUUAAGUUUGUGCUCCAGGUCAAAUGACAUGCUUAAAAUAGCCAGUUCCUCCACUCGAGAAAUGUUCACUAUCCCUCAAAACCAGUUCCCAGCCCCAUCUCCAUUACAUACACCUACAAAUCCCUACCCCCCACCCACCCAUUACUACACUCAUCAACAAACCCCAUAAAACACUCACCUGUCCACUCACACUGAAGUUAAAUUAAAAUUAUACCAUUGGUCCCAUUCUUCCCAACUUCUACCACACCCCAUUUCCCUUCCCUGUACUGUACCCUUCACCUUCCCCACUCCCACCUAUCCUCCUUCCCAAGUAUCAGCUCCUUAUUCUACCUCCUCCACUUCAUUCUGCCCAAUUUCUGGCUUCCAUAGCCUUAUCUCCACCUUCCCAUCCCUACCCUUCCAACAGCCUACCCUUUCAUUCCCCCUCCUCCUCCCUGCCUCUGCCUUCCAUGCCUCCAAUCUACCGCUUCCUCCUGCCCUCUCCCUCCCAUCCCUCCAUACCCUCUCUCUCCCUUAUGUCCUCUCCCUCCCUUCUCUCCCUCUCCCUCCCAUCCCUUCACUCUUUCUCCCACCUCUCUGCCUCCCCAUCCCAGUCCUUGCAUUGCCUCCUUUCCUCCAUAUCGUCCACCCAGCCUAACCCUCUAUCACCUGAUGAAGGAGCAUCGCUCCAAAAGCUAGUGUGCUUCCAAUUAAACCUGUUGGACUAUAACCUGGUGUUGUGUGAUUUUUAACUUUGUACACCCCAGGCCAACACCGGCAUCUCCAAGUCAUGACUAAAAUUUCCAUAAUGUUGACCUUUUCCUUUGCUUGCCCCGAUCCCUCAUCUUGUACUGACCUUUCAGCCCCUAACUCCCAAUCUGUCCUUUGACCCUCUCAGCAACCCCUCCCUCUGUGCAAACAUGCUGCCACCUCCAUUGUCUCCGACCCAGCUGCCAAUCAUUUCAAUGUGAACAAAUCAAAACUCAAAUUGGCCUGUUGACAUGUCAAUUGUAAACCGAUAGGGGAUUGGGUUAAUUUGAGGCUUCCUUAAAAUGUGUCAAUACUCAUUUAAAAUCCCAGAUGUCUCUAUAACUGGCUUGGUGUUUUCAGUGCUUGAGCUGAGAACAUGUGAGAUGAUUAAAGUUCUUAACCCAUUGCAUUGACAAAUUCUCCUCCCCCCAACCUCUUAGACAUUUUAAAGCUCUCAGUUUUUCGAUUUAAAAACUAACCUCAAACCAAAUUUGAUAUAGACUUAACCCCCCCCCCCCCACACACACACAACCAUAAUAUUCCCUAAAGGACCAGAUCUGGAGUUGUCACACCACACCUGUGUCCUCAGCAAAUGGUCUAGCAGAGCCCAGUUUGGAAUAACAUCACCAAGGUAAUGGUGCAGACUCCCCCGGGGUUGGAUUCUGAAAAGGGAAAGAUAGAAAGGGAAAGGGUAGGUUGUUGUGAAGUUUCUCUACAUUGUGCUGAAGCAGCCAACAACAAUUUGCAUUUGUUUAGGUAAAUAAAAGGAAGAACUGCAGAUGCUGGAGAUUUGAGUCCAAACAGAAAUUGUUGGAGAAACUCGGCAGGUCUGGCAGCAUUUAUGGAGAGACAAACAGAGUUAACGUUUUGAGUUCAGUGUCCCUUCUUCCUAAUAGUAAAUAUUCUAACAGGAAUAUACAGGGUUACUGCAGAAGGGAUGUUCCUGAUGACUGGGCAGCCCAGAACCGGAAUAUAAUGUCGGCCAUUUAAGACUGAGAGGAGGAGAAGCAUGCUCACCCAGGAGGUGAUGAACCUGUGGAAUUCUCUGCCACAGAAAGGGGUUAAAGACAAAACACUGAAUGUUUUUAAGGGGGAGGUGGAUAUAACUCUUAGGUGUAAAGGGAUCAAAGGGUAUGGGGGAGAAAGUGGAACCGGGGUACUGAGUUGGAUGAUAAUGUUGAAUGAUAGAGCAGGCUUGAAGGGCCGAAUGGCCACCUUUUGCUCCUAUUUUCUGGAUUUUCUAUAUCUAUCAAUCUUAAGACUUUUUUUUCAAAUCAAAACAUUGUUGGAGUGGAAGCUAACGUCGGUAAGUUAACACUGGAAGUGAUGGGUGAAUGGUAUUUAUUGCAAAUUAGGAGAUGAGCAGCAGAAUUUCAGAUAGAUUAGUUUUAGGAAGAUUUCAAAUUGGGAGGGCAGCCACGAAAUGCAUGUAGAAUAGUCAAGGGGGAACCAAGGCAGGGGUGAAGUUUUCAGCUUUUGAAGAGCUGAGGCCAGUGUAGAGUUGGCCACUGUGAGGGAGAUGGGAAUUAGUCGUCCAGGGGUUAGAGAGGGUGUGGGGUAGGAGGUUGAGCUCUGAGUUGUUUAGGACACCAAGAUUUCAAACAAUCUGGUUCAGCCUGAGAUAUUUGCCAGGGAGAGAGGGUGGAGGUGAUUAGUUUGUAGUGGAACCAUUCCUUACAUUAUAAUAAGCACUAGUCUCUAGUUUCUAAUCAAUUUGGGAGUGGCCAGUGCUGUGACAUCAUUGUUGGACUGAUAGAGAAGCUAAGUUCAAAUCAAAUCAGGAACACUGAAUUCGAUCAAAAAAAUGAAAUUUGGAAAUGGACAGUUGGUCUUUGUAAAAAUGACCAUGAUGCUGUCAGAUUGUCUUAAGAACCUAACUAAUUCACUUUGGAGAAGGAAAUCUGCCAUCCUUUCCUACUCUGAGAUUUUAUGUAACUUUCCAGGUCCACAGAAACAGAGUUGGCACUGGACUACCUUCUGAAGGGGUGGACUAUCAGACCCAUAUAAUCAGACCUAGUCAGCCACCCAUAAAAGUGAAUAACUUAAAAAAAGGAUUCAUUUUCAAACUAGAUAAUUCCCUGAAAACCAAGGUCCUCACAUCAAGUCCCCUUGUGCAUAAUCUUCCAACAAUUUUUAUUAUCCCACUGUCAUAGUGGCAGGUAAGUGGUUAAAGCCACAACAAUUAACAUUGGUUUAGCUUUUAAUUGUAAAAUCACUAGAGGUUCGGAGAGUGACUGGCUUGAGACCUCUGAAAGUGUUGUCCAUGCACUGUGUAAAAAUUGUGAAAUUACCAUUGA